ACUAAACGCCGAGCGGAGAAAGAAAGCGGCUGCAGCACAGAGAGGAGCAGGAGGAGGAGGAGGAGCAGCAGCAGCGGCAGCAGCAGCAGCAACAGCGGCAGCAGCAGGAGGAGGAGGCUAGGAAAUGAGCACAAGGUUUUAACCAAACAUUUAAAAGACACUAGCCUGUUUAUAUAUGUUUAUGAAAGAUGGCACGACAGCGUCGACUCCGGCGGUUUCCAACCAAAUGAGCUCCUCGGUUGUGUUGUUGGGAGACAGUGGUGCCUGACAGGAGACUGACUCCUCUUCAAGGAUCAUAACUGAGAGCUGAAACCACAGAUGAGAACAAUGUCUGACGAGACAGAGCAGAGAAUGUGCGACGAGGACUUCGGUUCGGACGAGGAGGGCGAGGAGGCGGACGUGGAGUCUUACCUGGAGGACAACAGCAGUGAGCUCAUGGACCGACUGAGAGAGCUGGAGGCAGAGAAUUCUGCCCUGAUGUUGGCGAAUGAGAGUCAGAGAGAAGCUUACGAGAGAUGCUUGGAUGAGGUGGCCAACCACGUGGUUCAAGCUCUGUUAAAUCAAAAGGAUCUGAGAGAGGAGUGCAUCAAACUGAAGAUGUUGGUGUUUGACCUGGAGAGACAAAACCGAGCGCUUUGUGAGCUUUUUCAGCAGAAACUACCCAAUCACCCCACUGCUCACUACCAGGUCCAGGCGGGACCCCUCCCAGACUACAAUGCACAGCUGCACAAUGACUCUGCCAAACAGGUGGAGCCUGCACAGACUGAAGCACAAGCCAAGGGAAAUGGCUACCGCACACAACAUGCCUCCCCGGGCCCUCGUGGUCCCGCCGCCUCUAUGGAGGCCCUGUCUCCCUUCUUCAAGAAGAAAGCACACAUCCUGGAGGUCCUGCGCAAGAUGGAGGAGACGGAUCCUCUCAAGUUCCACCCGUCCACCGCAAGCUUGUCUUUCUGCGACUACAGCCAGGUGCUCAUGUCCACAGAAGCUGUUUUGGCUACCGCGGACCCACUCCCACUACAGUGCAAAUCCCACCACACACACUGCCACUGCUCCUGCUCUGACACUGACCCACACCAGCAUGUCAACGGCGACGGGGCGGUGAAGUGUGAGGGAGGGAGCACCUGCUGUUUACACUGCAAGAGGAGCCCAGACGGUCCUCCGAAGCCAUGCAACCACGUCUGUAGUCCUUCAAAAGCCAACUCUGCCACCCAGAGCCAUGUAGCUCCCGCAGCUGCUAUGAGCGAAUGUCACAGUAAGAGCAGAACACUGGAUUCUGUUCCCCCGUCUAAACAAUGUACCAAGACUGACACCCACCAGCAACCAGCAGGCGCCACCACCCACUCAUCACUCACAGAAACAGCCGAUCAGAGCCUGGAGGUGAUGGGAGUGGAGCAGGAGCAGGAUAACUCUGAGAGUUGUCUUAACGCUACUGCGUCUGAAGAGCUCACUGGUUUCUGUCCCACUUCCCACCUGCCCGGUUCUGUGAUGGAGAGCGCACAGAUCUCCCUCUGUGACACUGAAACGAGCGAUGGCGUUCACAACGGUUUGGCGCUCUCCUCCUCAGACGACCCCUCAGCCGUCCCCGAAAAAGACAGCACAGAUCUGGAGGCUUCCUCUGUGAGAGCCGGCGCCUCCGUCAGUCCCAGCCCUUCCUGUCUCAGCGAUGUCAAAGCCGCCGCCAUCAACUCCCCGUCCAAACUGCUCAAGUUCUUGAAGAUUCCCUCGAUAGGGGAGAAGUCUCAGACUUCAACCCCCGCUGUCCGUCUGAGCCCCCAACUCACCCGCAACUCCAGGAUCCCCUGUCGCACCAACAACUACGAGGUUUACCACUCUCCUGUUCCCACACGCAGAGCCACCACCACAGAGAGGUGCAGGCAGCCCCCGCCACCCCCCUCCAGGUCAGAGUCCUACCCCGCCACACACUCAGCACCGACCUCCCCUCCGCAGCCCGAAGACCCCUGCUCCCCGCCCGCUAAGGAAAUAAGCUACAGCAGCCUCUCUGCACCGAAAGCCAGCGCUGGCUCAAAGGCGGGCGCUUCCUCCUCACCCAAAAUAUCUCAGAGGGUCCCUCAUUAUGAAAAUGUCUGUGACAUGUCGACCAACUCUAGAGAGGGAGAACCGAGCCAGAGCCUCGAGAAAAGAACCACUUUUCCAUCGCAAACAAAGGCGAACGGCGGUGAGAGGAAACUCGUUAAAUCGUUACCGGAAAGCGUCCUCAACCCCCCUCCUCAGCGAAAGCAGUCGUCGUCCUCCACAUCAGAGUCCACAUCGGACGACGAAGAGGAUUCAGACAGCCCGGUGUGGGUUAACCAUCACAGCCUGCCCAACUCAUCCGCACUCAGCAAAGCUCAGAGCCGACCCAACUACUCACGAACCAGAGAGAAGCAGGAGGCGGACGUAAGGGAGGUCACGCAGGCGCAGAGCUCCGGGGUCGCCCAGGCGCCGCCUCCACCUCCGGCCAGAAGAAACGACUCCUCUUCCAUCCCCAAGAGACCUGUGACCGGGCCAGCAAGACCUCAGGCUGAUUCCAGUCAUCACGCCUUCAAAGACAGACUGGCUGCACUGGGAAAGCUGAGGAGCUCUGAGGAUUUACAAGUCAGCGUAAGACCGGUGGACACAACGAACGAAGGCGCCGUCACCUACAGCGAAGAGAGGAGUAAGACAGCGGAGAGGCCCAUCGAGCUCCAUAAAGAGGAGCAGAGACAUUCAAAAUACACAGACUCUUUGGAUGGAAAACCCAAAGUUAGCAGCGGUGGUUUGAAGUAUCAGGGGGCGACUCCGCUGUACGAACAGGGGGUCAAAUCUCAGCCGUCUGGCCUGGUUAAACAAGAACUGUGUGUAACAAAAACAGAAACCCCCAAGAGCAAAAUAGGUCUACCUUCGCCCAACGCAGAUGCUCCGCAGGUACUACGCAACAACAUUAAGUGUCCUGGCUCCUUGAAUCUAGCUUAUAACGUUAAAUCCGGCAUGGGGCCUCACAGUAGCAACAGCCCCAAUAAAAUCCCCCCUAAGUCGCCGUCCAAACCCUGUCAGGGCCCCUCCGUCCACAGAGCGGGGAAGCCCACAGAGGCCCCACGUUACUCGUCCAAAUCCGAGGAGAGGACCAAGAUCAGCGGGAAAGGGAAAAAGAAUCCGAUGUACGGAGACAGCCUCCCGCCUCCUCCUCCGAGACCUCCGACGUCCGAGGUGGAGAAGCCGCUGCAGCCGGUCCCCAGCCCGCAAUCCGCCAUCGAGCAGAAGGUGAUGAAGGGCAUCGAGGAGAACGUGCUGAAGCUUCAGGAGCAGGACAGAGGAGGGCAGGGCAGCGAGGUCAAGCAGAAAACCUCCAACGGCAUCGCGAGCUGGUUCGGCCUGAAGAAGAGCAAGCUGCCCGCGCUGAGCCGCAAGGCCGACGCGACCAAAGCGAAGGAUGAGAAAAAGGAGUGGAAGAUCAACAUCCCCUCGGUGGGGAGAGACUCUGUGAAAAUGGCCACCAGGUGUAAAGAAGGUGUCGAAGGUCUGAACAUCUCGACGCUGAUGGAGAAGGCCGAGGGGCUGAGGAGGGCCCUGGAGGAGGAGAGGGCGUACGUGGAGAGGUCGGGCAGGGGUCACUCCUGCGAGGUGGUGAUGGACCAAGCUCAGGGACAGCUGGCUGUCAUGUACAGAGGAGCGCGCUCAGACAACUUCAUGCAACAGCUGCUAAACAGAGUGGACGGGAAGGACGUGAUCAGCGUGCCGCAGCGCCGGCUCUCAUUCGACUGUAAGAGCUCCAAGCCGGUGUUUAGUCAGCAGGGCGACAUCAUCAGUCACACCACCAGUCGUGACGAUAUUGAGAAGGGAUCAGACAGGAUGGGAAAGAUCACGUCGGAUGAGAACCUCGCAGAUUCAGUUCACUCUCAGCACUUCGCAGGUUCCGGUGCUUCCACCUACACUCUGGACAGCGGUAUCGGUACGUUCCCUUUGCCCGACUGCAGCAGCGGUGCAGCGGGACGGGGUCUGUCCAAGGCGAGGGCCGGAGGGGCCGAGCACCACUCCUCCGGCUCCCCGGGGAGGGCUGGCCGACGGGCUCGCACCUUGGACAGAGAGCUGACGUCGCAGGAGGAGUGCUACGUGCCGCACAAACAGCUGAUUCCCACCAUUCAGUACGGCUCCAUGCUGGAGGGACGAAGCUCCGCCGGCGUCAUCCGCGAAGACAAAGAGGCCCACGGAGCGAACAUGUUCUCAUCUCGCUCGAAGACUUGGACCUUCCCCAACCUGAAGACCCCGGCGGGACCUGCAGAGGUGUACCUGGCAGUGGAGGAGGAAGAGGAGGAGGCGGUAUCCUUCGGCUCACCAUUCAGAGGGAGCAUGAAGGCCGGGGGCCCUUCCUCCAGCCGGGUGGUGGACCCAGGCAGCCUGCCCGUCCCUGCCCAGUCCGGGAUGAGCCGCAGGGGGAAGACCCGCACCCCUAGCGUCCCCGAGAUGAGCCGCGAGGCCGGGCUGGAGCUGCUCAGGGAGCGACCGGAGGAAGCGCUCUCCCCGAGCCGCCCUCAGGUCCUGGAGACCCCCGAGUCGCUCAGCGAUUCUCUGUACGACAGUCUGUCAUCCUGCGGCAGCCAAGGAUGAUCCGGCCAAGAAGCGGGA